AUGUACGGUAGUCGUGUUCGCACAGCUACGGCGGUUGUGCCCGCUGCGGCCGCCGCCGGCGGCAGCGGUGGCGGUAGCGGCGCGGCCAUGAGCCUCGGCGACCUCCAGCUGGACAUUCCCGAAAUUGACGGUGACAUUCGUUCGUUGCAGGUUGAGAUGGGCGCCAUAUUCAAUGACUCUGGUCUGGCUGCUACAUUUGGCCGCAAGCGUCAGGCGCUGCAGGCACUGGAGACUGGGCUGGUGUUAGUGGAUCAGAGUCACUGGGGACGACUGAGGGUGACAGGAGAGGACCGUACGGCGCUGCUACACAACCAGAGUACGGCGGACUUUCAGAGGCUGCAGCCAGGACAGUGCGCCGAUACGACAUUCGUCACCUCCACAGCUCGCUGCCUGGACCUAGCCACCGCCCUGGUGCUGCCCAGCUCUAUACUGCUGCUGGUGGACUCCAGGGAAGGGGGGGAGGCACUGGCUGCCAGACUGGACAAGGUCAUAUUCAGGGGUGAUAAUGUUAUGGUUCACGACAUUUCGAGUCGCACUGGCCAAAUCGCUGUGUUGGGUCCGGAGGCGGAGGUGGUGCUGCGGGAGCUGGCGCCGGACGUGUUGUCGGGUGUAUUGAGCGGCCCUCCGGGUCGCCAUGUGCUUGUGGGCUUCCGAGGUAAACCUGUGUUCGUGGCUGCUGUGAGCGGUUUGGGCCUUUCUGUGCCCGGAUACACAUUGGUGGCGGAUGAGGCGGUGGCCGGGGACCUGUAUGCAGCCUUUGCUGCCAAGGGCGCUAUCCCCAUGGGCACGGAUGACUGGGAGGCGGCUCGCAUCGUGGCGGGGCGACCGACCCGUGGGUCCGAGCUCACCGAGGCAUACAGUCCACUGGAGGCCGGUCUGUACGGCGCCGUAUCCCUCAACAAGGGCUGUUAUAUUGGGCAGGAAACCUUGGCCAAGCUGCACUUACGUGAUGGAGUUAACCGGCAGCUGUGGGGACUGAGACUCAGUGGACCCACCUCGCCAGGGGCGGAGAUCUACAGCGAACUAAGCAAGGUUGGCGUUGUGACGAGUACGUGCCAGGACGCGGACGGGGAAUGGGUGGGAGUGGGCUACCUAAGGAGCCGACUGGAGGGCACGCAAAUUGAGCUGGAAGGUGUUCGAGUGGCCGUGGCCGGCGCGCCCGCAACCGUAACCGCAAUCCCCUUCGCCACGCGGAAGUUCAGCGCUGAAGCGGAGUCACCGGCGGUGCGGGCCGCAGCGGUGGUGGCGGCAACGGGGGAGGAGGACGCCGCCAGCAUCGCUGCACGGCUUGAGGAGGCCAAGAGGAAGAAAGCUGAGGUACAGGUUGAGAAGCAGGCGGCUACGGAGGCCAAGCUUAAGGCAAUGCAGGAGCGGGUUGCGGCAUGGCAAGCUGCUCUGCAGCAACAACAGCAAGGGCAGCAACAAUGA